GCCGUGUGUGCCCCCAGUAGAGUGUCAUUUCUUACUGGACGCAGACCUGAUACUACCCGGCUGUAUGAUUUCUACUCCUACUGGAGAGUACAUGCAGGAAACUAUUCCACAAUGCCGCAGUACUUCAAGGAGAAUGGCUACGUGACCCUGUCUGUGGGGAAAGUUUUUCAUCCUGGAGUUUCAUCCAACUACAGUGAUGACUAUCCAUACAGUUGGUCCAUUCCACCUUUUCAUCCUUCAACUGAAAAGUAUGAAAAUUAUAAGACUUGCAGGGGAAAAGAUGGAAAACUUUAUGCUAACUUGGUGUGCCCAGUGGACGUGUCAGAAGUCCCCAGUGGCACUCUGCCUGAUAUUCAGAGCACUGACGAGGCCAUUCGCUUGCUGAACGCUAUGAAAACCAACAAACAAAAAUUCUUCCUGGCUGUUGGUUACCACAAGCCACAUAUCCCACUGAGGUAUCCACAGGAAUUUCUCAAGUUGUACCCCUUGGAAAACAUCACGUUAGCCCCGGAUCCCUGGGUGCCUGAGAAGUUACCGCCUGUGGCGUACAACCCCUGGAUGGAUCUCAGACAGAGGGAUGAUGUGGAAGCAUUAAAUGUUAGCUUCCCUUAUGGACCACUUCCAGAUGACUUCCAGCGGCAAAUCCGUCAGAGUUACUACGCAGCCGUUUCCUACCUGGAUGUGCAAGUUGGCCUGCUCUUGAAUGCUUUGGAUCAUGUGGGUCUCUCAAAUAGCACCAUAGUAGUUUUUACUUCUGAUCAUGGUUGGUCCCUGGGAGAACAUGGUGAAUGGGCAAAAUACAGCAAUUUUGAUGUUGCCACUCGUGUGCCACUGAUGUUUUAUGUACCAGGAAUGACAACUUCCUCUCUUAGUCCUGGACAGAGGGUCUUCCCCUACCUUGACCCUUUCAGACAUGUUUUAGGCUUGGUACCUCAAGGGCGAAGCAAAAAAGUGGUUGAGCUUGUGUCUCUGUUCUCAACACUUGCUGAACUCGCUGGCCUGCAGGUUCCUCCCGUGUGCCCAGAGACUUCGUUUCAUGUUGCACUGUGCACUGAGGGGGCAAGCAUUGUCCCAUACUUUAAAGCCUCUGAAGAGAAACUGGAGGAAGAGAAAGGUGGGGGUGAUGAUGCUUACAGGUGUUCUGAUGAAGAAUCUGUUGCUUUCAGCCAAUAUCCCCGGCCUGCAGACACUCCUCAGUGGAACACUGACAAGCCAAAGCUGAAAGACAUCAGAAUCAUGGGCUAUUCCAUGCGUACAGCUGACUACAGGUAUACUCUGUGGGUUCGGUUUAAUCCUAACAAUUUCAGUGCUGACUUUGAGGAUGUCCAUGCAGGAGAGUUGUACAUGGUGGAGACUGAUCCAAACCAGGACUAUAACAUCUAUAACAACACCUCACAUGGUUGUUUUUUCAAAAAACUUGUUGGCUUCCUGAAGCACUAGAGUUCAGAAACUUCUUGGUGCCUGUUCUGGCAACUGAAAUGACACUUCCUUUUUUUUGUGUAAAACCUUUCUGUUGUACAGAACGCUUGGAUUGAAUUAAAAUCCUGUU